AUGCCAAUUAGACUUGAUAUUAAAAAGAAAUUAUCAACUAGAUCAGAUCGUGUAAAGUCUGUAGAUAUUCAUCCAACUGAACCAUGGAUAUUGGCUAGUUUGUACAAUGGCAAUGUAUACAUUUGGAACUAUGAGACACAAAACAUGGUAAAGUCAUUCGAGGUGUCACCAGACAAUCCCGUUCGUACCGCCAAGUUUAUUCCACGUAAGCAGUGGGUCGUCACUGGUAGCGAUGACACCAACAUCCGUGUAUACAACUACAAUACGAUGGAAAAGAUCAAAUCAUUUGAAGCACAUGCCGAUUACAUUAGAUGCAUCGUCGUUCAUCCAACACAACCAUACAUCUUGUCGUCGUCGGAUGACAUGUCGAUCAAGUUGUGGGACUGGGAGAAGGGAUGGAACAACAUUAUGACUUUUGAAGGUCACUCUCACUAUGUCAUGUCGAUUGCAAUCAACCCAAAGGACACAAAUGUUUUUGCCUCUGCAUCUCUCGACAAGUCCAUCAAGGUUUGGGGUCUCACCACUCCAAUGCCACAUUUCACCCUUGAAGGUCAUGAAAAGGGUGUCAAUUGUGUUGAAUACUUUUCUGGUGGUGAGAAACCUUAUUUAAUUUCAAGUUCUGAUGAUAGACUUGUAAAGAUUUGGGAUUAUCAAUCAAAGACAUGUGUUCAAUCACUUGAAGGACAUAGUAAUAAUGUUUCAACUGUUUGUUUCCAUCCCGAACUACCAUUAAUUCUCAGUGGUUCUGAAGAUGGUACUGUUAAAAUAUGGAACUCUGCCACUUAUCGUCUUGAAAAGACUUUGAAUUAUGGUAUGGGUCAUGUUUGGGCUAUGAGCUUCUUACGUGGUUCAAACUUUGUUGGUCUUGGUUAUGAUGAUGGUACUGUUGUAUUAAAGCUUGGUAAAAAUAGACCACCAAUUAGUAUGGAUAAGGGUGGUAAGAUUAUUUGGGCCAAGAAUCAAGAAGUUCAAAUUUCCAAUCUAAAGACAACCUUUGAACAAGGAGGACAAGAUGGUGAAAGAUUAAACUCUGUUCAAGUCAAGGAUUUGGGUAACUGUGAAAUCUUACCACAAAAGUUAUCUCACAAUAGUAAUGGACGUUUUGUUGCCGUCUGUGGUGAUGGUGAAUUUAUCAUUUACACUGCUCUUGCUUGGAGAAAUAAGAGUUUUGGUCAAGCUCUUGAAUUUGUUUGGUCUGAUGAUUCUGGACAAUAUGGUGUUAGAGAAAGUUCAUCAAGAGUAAAGAUUUUCAAAAAUUUCAAGGAAACUCAUAGUCUUAAACCAGCAUUUUCAGCUGAAGGUAUUUUUGGUGGUAGUUUAUUGGCAGUUAGAUCAAAUAGCUUUGUUUGUUUCUAUGAUUGGGAAACUUGUGAUGUUAUUCGUAGAAUUGAAAUUUGUCCAAAAAAUAUUUUCUGGUCUGAAGAUGGAGAACAAUUAGCUAUUACUACAGAAUCAUCUACUUUUAUUUUAAGAUAUAACAAGGAUGCUGUUACAAAGUAUCUUGAAAGUGGACAACCAAUCCAAGUCGAAGGUAUUGAAGAUGCCUUUGAAAUGGUUCACGAAAUUGAAGAACGAGUUGGAACUGCCUGUUGGGUUGGUGAUUGCUUUAUCUACACCAACAAAAAUAGAAAGUUAAACUAUUGUGUUGGUACUGAAGUCGUCACUAUUGCUCAUCUCGAUGCUCAUAUGUACUUGCUUGGUUAUCUCUCUGAAACUGGUAGAUUAUAUUUAUCUGAUAGAAAUAUGAAUAUUGUUAGUUAUACAUUACAUUUAAAUGUUAUUAAUUAUCAAACUGCCAUUUUAAGAGAAGAUUUUGAGACUGCUGAAAAAUUACAAUCAACUUUGCCACAGGAACAACGUAAUAGCAUUGCACACUUUUUAGAGUCGCAAGGACACAAGGAGAUGGCGUUGGACAUGUCGCUCGACCUCGACCACAAGUUUGAGUUGGCCAUCCAGUUGGAGAACCUCGAGGUUGCCCACCAGAUUGCCAUCAAGUCUGAUUCCGAGCAAAAGAGUCGUCAACUCGGUGACCUUGCCCUCAUCCGUGGUGACAUUGCCUUGGCCGAGAGCUGUCUCAAAAAGGCCGACGAUUUACCCGGUCUCCUCUUGCUCUACAUCUCGAUUGGCAGCCACCAGGGCGUGCAAGAGUUGGCUGGUCUGGCCGACAAGCGCGGACAGACACACAUCAGCUUCCUCUGCAACCUCUUGUUGCCCGGCCAACUCAACGAGUGUCUCAACAUUCUCAUCAACAAUGGUGCCUAUUCAGAGGCUGCUUUUAUGAGUCGCACCUACCUCCCCUCGCAAUUACCCGAGAUUGUCGAAAAGUGGAGAGAGAGCCUCAAGUCGGUCAGCGCUCGUGUCGCCGAAUCCAUCGCCAAUCCACGUGAAUAUCCAAAUCUAUUCCCAGGCUACGAUACCGCUUUGGAAAAGGAAAAAGCUGUCUCUCAAGAACGUGGUAGUCUCAAACCAGCCACCACCACAACCACAGCAGCAUCUGUCAUGGAUCUCCUAAGUGGAUUAAAUUUGAAUCCACAAGCAUCAUCAUCACCAGUUGUCAAUGGUAACAACAACACUCAAAACGAUCUAUUGAUUGAUUUCAAUUCUACUCCAACUCCAGCCAAGGAUGAUUCAUUGGAAAGUUUAUUAAAUCUUGGUCCUAUUCAACAACAACAACAACCUACUACUCCUUUGCAACCACAACAACAACAACCAACAUUUGUAUCAUCACCAAAAUCAAACUCUAGUUCACCAUCAUCAUUUGUCCAAGUUGAAACUCCAUCACCUGCAUCCUCACCAAGCAAAUUACAACCAUUGCAGCCACAACCACCAACUCCAAGCAGAUCAAUUCCAUUGGAUUUGGAUGACGAAGAAGAUAUUCCACUCGACGGUGAAGAUGAAGAAACUUUUUAA